AUGUGUAUGAAACAUCCCAAGAAAUUCUUGAAUAUGAGAUUGCAAGAUGUCGCCAAUGCUGCCAAUGCUGCUGAAGAACGCUAUGGAGGCAAUGUUGGAUCCUCUGUCCAAGAAGGAUGUUCUGCUAAUCUAACACAAAUGCAUAUACUUGAUGAUGUUUCGGAUGAUGAGACAUUAGCUGAAGAGGCUAUACUACCGCAACUAAAGAAUGCUAGGCAACAACACAGACCACAUCAAAGUAGCUAUAGCGACGAAGUUUAUGAUGAUAAUGCCGAAAAUAACGAAAACAAACCUCACCAACUGGACAGCUCUAGCGUAGAGUCAUUUGACAUAAGUUCAACAACAGAAGAAUACUACAAUGAAACAAAGAAGAUACUCCAGUCUAAAUGGUUCAGGAUCGGCAGACUCGUACUCAUAUUGUUAUUCAUAGUAUUUCUAAUUUACUGGAAGGCUCUGGAAGCUAUUCAUAGACUAUCAGAAUCAUUGGAGAAACUAAGCAAAGAACCUAUAGACUGGAAUAUAUACGAUAACAAGGGCGAAUUGGUCCGGGUGGUGCACCUUGACGGUGUCCUGAGAUAA